AUUACUUUUAAAUUCGUAGAUGGAGCUAUUGAUGCAAAGACUGAUCAUCCAAGACAUCAACAUUAUAGUUUUAAGCAUAUUUUCAGGCUAUGCAUUUACAAUGUUUACAAACAUUGGAGUAAAACCAGCUUAUAUUUUGGGUUCUGAUGGGGUAUGAAAGUUGAACUAAGCUCAAAGGCAUUUAUACGUUAUAUUCUUCAAGAAUCAAUCUAUCGUUAAUUUAUAAGUACAAAAUUGGAUGUAGCAACUGCAGAUUGCCCUUUUAAAGCAUGAAAAUGGUCAGGUAUAGUAGCCUUCAGGAUAUAGCAGGUAUCUCUAAUUAUGAAGAUUAAACAAAGGCAACUGAUUAAAGCAAUUGUAGAUGAGAGGGCAUGCUUUUUUAGCACGGCUGUGCUGCGAUCACAGGUACGAGGCGGAUCCGAGUGCCGUAGAUCAGCGCAGUCGUGAUAAAUAAGUCGUUUAGCACAACCUCGAGUCAACAAUUGCUUUUCUACAACGGGUUACCAAUUAGAUAAAACACUUGAUUUUGAUAUGUAUUCAUAGGCUACUAUUUCAUCCCUCAAUGAAAAUAUAGGCCUAGUCCUGACACAAAUCUUGGUUGCUAGCCAAGCCGGCUGGUCGUUCAUUCUAUCCGUUUAGGUUGCCAGAGCCGUGACCCAGUCGUGAAGUCUUUUUGUUCCAUAUCAAUGAUUUUCCCUGACAUAGAACAUUUGCUCUCCUGUCAGGACCCUGUUCAGAGGUGCUAGCCAACUACACAGCAACACAGUCACUUCAAACGGAAGCAGGAAAGACCGCAAACUAGCUGCAUUUAAUUUUGUUUGAUUCAUGAUUUUGACGGGCUGAGAAAAUAUUUUGUCUCGUUUGUCUCGUCCUGACACGAUAAUCCUCGUUGGGACAGUGGAGAUAGAAUUUAAACAAAUGUCAGAGAGAAAGACGGCAACGUUUGUACAAACCCCCGUGGUUGCAAUCCAAAUGUAAUGCCUCGAUCAGACCGACAUCGUCAUUGCGUUUUGGCACACCAGAAGUACAUUCAUUUCCAAUGGAACGCUGCGUUUGCCUCGCGCUCUGUGUUCUGUGUUGUGCAUACGUUGGAUUUAUCCAACGUAUGCAUCAACUUGUAUGCAUAGACUUGACAGAAAUAGUAGCAAAAGGGGAAUGUUGAACUUUUAUUGCACACAUAUAGAGUAACAAUUUUGGAUUACAUAAUGGGAAAAGUUUGACUACAGAAUAUAUUACACAGCAUUGAUGUAAAUCGCUGUCGGUCUGAUUGAGGCGUUACGCUAGAAGCACGGGAGAUAAUGUCUAAAUGCUUUUUAUAGUGGAAAUCAAGUUAAUGAAUGGCCUGUCUGGGCUGAUGGUACAGUGGAUGCGCAGUGAUUUCUCUGAUGGAACAGAAAGCAAGAUGCCAAUUUUUGUAUUAUAGGCUUACCCGUGCUAAACUGAUCAUUUAGUAUGGCUUAGACCGCGUCUCAACCAAUCACAAAGCUUGUUUUGACCAACCUGUUGCUCAGAAUUGUAACUUUAGAUUUAUUUUGUUUAAAUAAUCAAAUUCAAUAUUAUUUCAUUUUUGUGGUGUAUUUGGAUGACAGAAUCAUCACUUCGGCCCUAACUGUCAGCUGAUGACUACCACACAUUGAUAGUGAACAGUAGCCUACUCCUAUGAAGAUGACAUUAACAGUGUAGAGGAAAUAACUGUGUCCUUACAUGACUUCUACAGGUUCUUCCUGUUCUUUUCUGACAUUUCUUAAGGGGAAGUCCCUUGCUUUUUCUAUUUAGUGUAUUGCAUGAUGGUUGUGCAAAUAUUGUUUACUUUCCUCAUAUGAGAUAAGGACAAAACCUGUCUGGGGCUCCUAGGAUCCGGUUUCGCAGACACACAUUAAGCAUAGUCCGAGACUACAUUUAUUUUUAGACCAGGACUAGGCUUAAUCUGUGUCCAAGAAGAGGGCCCCUAGUGACUGUCUUUUAGAAGGUGGUGCGUUGACCUGAAGUAAUCUGUAAAAGAAAAAAGUAGAUGGAGACAACACAUUCAACAGGGCCAAGCUGAUGAACAUUGGCUAUGCUGAGGCCCUGAAAGAGUAUGACUACGACUGCUUUGUGUUCAGUGACGUGGACAUCAUCCCCAUGGAUGACCACAACACCUACAAAUGCUUCAGCCAGCCCAGACACCUGUCUGUCUCCAUGGACAAGUUUGGCUUCAAGUUGCCCUAUAACCAGUACUUUGGUGGUGUCUCAGCGUUAAGUAAGGAGCAGUUCCUUAAAAUCAACGGCUUUCCCAACAACUACUGGGGCUGGGGUGGUGAAGAUGAUGACAUUUUCAACAGGGUGAGCUCCAGAGGAAUGUCCAUCUCUCGUCCAGAUGGCGAGGUCGGGAAAUGCCGGAUGAUCCGUCACGAGAGAGACAAACUGAACAACCCAAAUCCUCAGAGGUUUGACAGAAUACAACGCACGAGACUGACGAUAAAUACCGAUGGGAUCAGCUCUCUCAAGUACGAAGUCGUCAAAGUGGAAAAGGAUGCUCUGUUCACGAAAAUCACUGUAGAUGUGGGGAAAACUCAGUGAAAGUUGAUGAAUGUUAGUAGUUGUUUUGCACAUCACUUAUCACAAGGUGGUGGGCAGAGAAAGCACAGCGGAACCAUGGAAUGCAGUACCGAGAAUGCUCUGAAUUCUCCGGAACACGUGUAUUUAUUGUGGAAACCAAUGGAUAGCACUUGGAUAAAUAGGAUGGCACAACAAGACCUCAUAAAUAUCAGAGUGGAUCAAAAUGUUUGAUCAACAUGUUUGACUUUUAAUGGCAGUACAAAAGGGAAGGCGUGUGGGACGAGGAAGUUAUUUUGUAUAUCAUUUGUAAUGAGUUGUCUUUGUGUAAUUCUGUAAGGGAGAACUACUUGGUUUAAAUGUGUAUAUAAGUUGUAUGAAUAUGCAUAUAGUUAAUGCGUAUUUUUUAUAUGGUUUCUUCUUUCAUUUUCGGCUAAGAUAUUUGAGAUGAUUAUGGUUUAAUAUAUUUUUUGCGGAAAUGUUUCCCAUGUUUGAAACUGUGUGAAAGGUCUUAAUCACAAUCUAAAAGCAACUAUUGGUUUGGUUACUUAUAUAUGUUUCUAAAAACACCAGUUGAUAACA